AUGGGAAUACCUCGCCCUGUACUGACUUUGUUGCUCGUGCUAGCUUUGCAGCCUGCGGAUGCAUUUGUCCUUGCAAUCGACCUUGGCUCCCAGUUCUUUAAGGCUGCAAUAGUCGCUCCAGGCAGACCGUUUGAGGUGGUGCACAACACGCACUCAAAGCGCAAGACACCCACAGCGGUCUCCUUUCAAGAAGUGGUUCGGACUUUUGGAGACGAUGCCGUGAGUAGCGCAGCGAAAGGAGUUGGGAAGACUCCAAUGUUCUUUACGCUGGCCCUCGGCAAAAACUUCUCUGGCAUUUCAGAGGAGAAGCUGAGCUUGUUGUCACCCAGGUAUUUUCCAUACGAUCUGGGUCUUCAUGAUUCUGGUAGCUUACUCUUUCGAACAGGUCAAACCGACUAUACUGUUCAGGAGGUGACCGCGCACCUCCUCAAUUUUGCUCAGGAGCUAGCGGAGGCAACUGUGGAUGGUGUUGCAGUGUCUGAAGCAAUCCUCACAGUUCCCUCCUCCGCAACAAUGCUGCACCGGCGAGCGCUCCUUGAUGCAGCAAAGAUUGCAGGGUUACCCCGACCACAAUUGAUUCAUGAAACAUCGGCUGCAGCGCUUCACCGUGCGCUGGACCUUUCACUUGGAGGUGCGGGGAGUGCAGCUACGAAUACUUCUGAGGAAAUUAGAGCCAACAGGUCCACAGUACUUUUCUUCAAUAUGGGCAGCAGGCAUGUUGAGGCUUGUGUUGUGGAUUACCAAGGAGCAACAUAUCAGAACAAGGAUACAGUGGCCAUGAAUGUUGCUGGUUGUGGCACUAGUGCGAGCUUGGGAGGACACCAGGUUGAUCUCAUUAUCGCUGACCAGAUGCUCGAGUCAUUCAAGGCGAAACACCCAAAGCUGAAGGACGUGGACAAGUCCGUGAGAGCCUUGAAAAAGUUAGAGAAGCAGGCACUCGCAUUGAAACAUGUUCUCAGUGCAAACAAAGAAGGCCUCUUCCGAGUUGAGUCACUGUAUGAGGACACGGAUUUUGCUCAACAGGUCACCCGAGAUCAGCUUGAGAGUUGGACUGCAGAUUUAUUCUCCGAUUUGCGGAAGCCUCUGGAGGAUGCACUGAGACUUGCAAGCAAAAGCUUCGAUGACUUGGAAGCUGUGGAGAUGGUUGGGGGCGGCUGGCGCAUUCCAAAGAUCCAAUCCAUGUUGGUCGACUACCUAAAGGAGCGCCGCUCUCAAGAUGCUACAGAUUUGGUUUUGAGCCAGCACGUCAAUGGAGAUGAGGCAAUGGCAACAGGUGGGGCUUGGUAUGGCGUGAAUUCCUCUGUGAGUUUCCGUGCAAAAAAGAUCUACUUCACCGACAUGAUGAUACAUGCUUAUGACCUACUGCUGGAGCCCUUGAAUGCCUCCCAGCCACAUGAAAGUGGUUGGAUGCGAGGCGUCGAGCUAUUUCCAGCUUUGGGCAAGUUGCGAGCCAAGAAGACUGUGAAGAUGAACAUAUCCUUUGACCUUAAGGCCACACUGUUGGAGAAUGGGACACCAAUCUGCUACUGGGAGUUUCCUGGAAUAUAUGCUGCCACACAGCAGUACGAGGACUUGAAGGAGCCGCUGAUUUCUUUGAAGUUUGAAUUGAGCGGCAGUGGGGUUGUCCAGGUAUCAAGUGCAACAGCCAUCUUUGACCAGCCCAUGCCAGUGAAAAGCAUUGACAAGAACACACCUUUGGAAAAUGAAAGUGCAGAGGAAGAAAAUUCAAGCAAUGUGGAGGAGGAGGCUGACUCAAUACCUCAGGCUGAUUCUGAUGGAGAUGGAGCUGAGGGAACCAAGGAGGACUCAAAGGAAGGGCAGCCAGAAAGCAAUGGAGAGGCUACAAACAAGGAACCAAAGAUCAAGAUCAAAAAGCUGAAAGUUCCCUUGGAUGUGGCCGAAACCUUUGAUGGUAUUUACCCACGUUUCCUAUCCGCAGAAGAGAAGUCCCAGGCACGCAAUCGCUUGCUUGAAAUGCGUGAAGUGGACAAGGAAAUCCAGAAAACCAACGCUGUGAAGAAUCAGUUGGAAAGCUACAUCUACGAAUCCAGGGACAAAAUCACCGAUGAGAACUCAUUGGUCGUCAGUACUGAGGAGCAGCGUAGUGCUGUGAUGGAACAACUGCAGGCCAUGGAGGAUUGGAUGUGGGAGGAGGAGGCACAGAUGGCAAACGCAACCGUCCUGCAGCAAAAGCUGUCCCUUCUGCAGGACCAUGUCCGGCCAAUCCUGCAGAGAGCUCACGAGAUGGAACAGCGUGCCCUGCUUCCAGAACUAGUUGACAAAAUCUGGAAUGGCGUGAACGCAACGCUUGGAUAUGUGAUGAAGAACAUGACCUGGGUUGCAGAGAAGGAGACUUCUGGGGUUGCUGACCUGAUGAAGAACUUCACUCUUUGGUAUGAAAAUGUCACCAAUGAACAGGUAAAACGAGAUUUGACGCAGGAUCCAGCUUUCUACGCGAUUGACGCCAUGCGGCGGCUGGAGCACAUGAGGUCGGAAGCACUGCGACUCACAAAGAUCAAGAAGGUGGACCCUGUGCCGUACAGUGAUGCUGGUCGCGACUAUUGGAAGGAUCCCAAAAUGAGAGAGUUCUACGAGCAGUACUACAAGAAUUUCAGCCGCAAUGGAACAAACUACUCUGAAUUCUUCAGGAACUUCAACUUCUCCGACUUCAACUUUAGCGGAAAUGGCAGUGGAGACUCCGAUGACUACAUGCGGUCUUUCCGAGACUUUUACAAAUCCAAUACUUCAGAGAAAAAGCAGGAUGAGAAUUCCACAGAGAAUGCUGGCAGCAAGUCAGAAGACAACGACCCGAGCAAUCCUGAGCUGUAG